AUGAGUUUACUUUGGAUACGAUUUGCUAUUAACGGUAAUCCAAAUACACCUAUCUAUAUAGAAGACUGUAAUCCAAUUAUAACUCAAAUGAAGAGAAUUGGAGGUUGGCCAAAUUAUGCAACAAACUCAAUGAGUAAUAGUUCACGUUAUUUAGUUUUUACAAAUACCGCAUUGGGAAAUAGUAGUGCAACUGUUAUGUUGGCAACAAAUGGUUAUCAUUCACCAACAUGUGCUGCUUGGGAUGCAGUUGUAUCAAAUAUAAAUAUUACAAAACGAUGUACUGCUGGCUAUAGUGGUGUCAAUUGUACAAUAACGAGUGACAGUAGAAUAAAUACUGUUUCAAUUCUGAUUUUCAGUUCAAUUGCAUUAACUAUGUUGUUCUAG